GAAGAUAUGUAUCUUCGGGAUCCUCAAGCUCAUGGGCUGCCGGGAGGUCCUCGAAAGCAAGGAGCUGCUGGCGGCCUGCUGCGAGGGCCUGGCGCGCCUUCUGCGCGCCAAGAACGCCGGGCUGGUCUGCUGGCUGUCCGCCGUGCUGCCCCUGAAGCAGGAGGAGCCGCAGGGCGGCGAGGAGUUCGAGGUGCCCUUCAGCAGGCUCCGCUUCGCGGACGGCCCCGGCUCGCCCUCGGGCACAG